AUGGGCAACAUAGAUAGCGGUCCCGAGGGUUCGCUGGGGGCCGUGGACUCCCUGAAGCAUCGAUUGCAGUCACUCGAGGAGACCAUCCGAUCCAUCGAGGCCGCUCAUCAGGAUGCCCAAGGCGACCACUUCCCGGCACCCGGCGCAGCGGAUAUGUGCCUCUACGGUGCUCGCCUGGUGUGCACGCCUGGCGUACAAGUCCUAACCGGUCCCAUCAUCGGCGAAGUUACCCAAAAUUCGGCGGUAGUCCUUCUAGAGGUGGACAUCGCACCCGAGUUAGGGCCAACGUCCCCAGUAACUUGCCACGUGUCCGUAUCAGAGGGUGCCUGCCGAGGCGGUCGCGUUGUGCAUUCCACAACUCUUACCCUACCGUCCCGCCGACCAAGGGCCUUUCGAAUAGGAGGGGGAGGAAGCAGCGUCAUCGGGCCCGGGCGAGCCUUCACCGUGUGCUUCGGCGGCGUUAGCGCAGAGGAUGCCCGUUUUCGCGUUGGAAGGUUUAGGACGCCCAGCACCUGCUUCGAGCCUUGUCUUGGAGCGAUAGCCGUGAGCGGGGAUCGCCCGGACCGACUCGCGCCGGGAGAGCCUUCGCUGUGGCGCGUCCUCCGCGAGCGCGUCGCGGUUCCGAGCAUCGUCCCGGGGAACGUGCCAGGUGCUAGCGGUGAUGGGAAAGAAGGGCACCAGCACUACCAUCCAAUCGACGUGGUGUUGCAUGCCGGAGGCCAGGCGUGGAUGGCCGACGCCUUCGAGGACGCCUGGGAGCUGCUGAGGAGGCGGGCGAUGGAACCGGUGCUCUGCGCCGACGGUGGGUGGCGGGAGGCGCAGGAAGAGGCAGAAGAAUGCCUGCGUGAGGCUAUCAGGCGGUCGUGGAACCUCCCGGACAAGCGUGCCGUGCUGUCAUCGGUUUCCAACCUCAUGGUUUGCGGAGCCGCGGACUUGCACCCCGAUUUCGAAGGGCAUUUGGCACGUGUUUCGUCGAAGUCAGGCGACGGUGUCAACGCGGGAACGGGGAGUGCAAGACGGGGAAAGAGAUUGGCUCGGAAUUCCGGAAAAGAAAGGCACGAGAUCCGGGCCCUUCACGCAGCGGUCCGAGCCUGCCGCCGCGUAUUCAGCGAGUACCAAGGCCAGCUUCUGUGGAAGGCGUUGUCGAAGGGAGGGGUGCGGGGGGGGGGAGACGUGGAGGACUUGGCCGCGGCUUUCGAGGCAGAGGAGAAAGGCGUGGAGGAGGCCCUCGCCGAGACUCGUCGGGUCGAGCGAGACGAGGCCGUAAAGCAGAAGAAGGUGGCGAUGGCAGAGGAGGCUCUUCGCCGAGCCAAGGCGGCGGGCAGCCUCCCCACCGAGGGCGGCCUGCGCGCCGCGGAGGAGAGGAUCGACAAGAUACGCAAGCAAGCCAAGGCGGCCAGGGCUGCACGAAUUGCCCUCGCCAAGCGCGAGGUCCCAGCUGUGGCGGCGGCGGCGGCGACGCGGGCGUCUCAGGGAGGGUUUCUCAACCUGGGUGGGUCGAUUGGCCUCGCCCUUCUCGACACCGUGUGGUCAAGGGUGACCUGGGACGGCAGGAUACACCAAGCUGAGGAGAACUCCCAUCACGGCGUGGAAGGCAGCGGCACGGCAGCGGAAUCGGAGGCGCCGCCGUUGCUGUCGCCCGGUGCAUGGGAAGCUCUUGAGCUCGAGUUGGGCAGGGACUCGGAGCUGAGGCUCCUGAUUGUCGUCAUGCGAGUGAGUCUCGCCGCACGCUUUCACUCGGAAUCUAGCGGCAACGACCAGGUGUCGGGCACCGCCAAAGCCUACGGCAGCGGCAGAAGCAAUCUCGACGGUAAUCCGCCGUCGCGGUCAAACUCGGCCUCGAUCUCGGCCUCGGAUGUCACCGAUGACACCGGUAGCGGUGGGCGGGACGAGAGGGACCGCCUCUUAGAGCGCCUCUUCGCGUGGAAAGCCGGCGAGGCGUGGAGGGAAGUGGUGCUGGUCUGCGGCGCGGCGGACGGGCGAGGCGGGCGCGGCGGGCUGCGCUCUGCGUGCGAGUUGGAGGUUUUGGACUCGAAGCACCCGGGGUGUACCAUCCGCCAGGUCAUCGCCGGACCCAUCACGGACACUCCCGGUGCGCCGCCGAGGGCGACGCCCGCCACCCUGGACCCAACAACCGAUCAUCGGGGGUCCCGCGCCCCCUCCGAAGCCACCAGCGUUGGCGGCGGCCGAUUCUCUUUCCGAUGGAGCCACCGCGGUUCCGCCAGCAGUGGAUCGGCUGCCGGCGACGGCGACGACGACUCGGGGCCCAAGGGCACGGCUCUCUCCUCCUCCUACCUCGACGAGGCCAACGCCGUCGCCGCCGGCUCCUUCAAGGACGACGUCAGCGCGAUCACGACCGCACCCGAAGCAGGGUCGGCGCGCCCGUCCUCCCAACAGAACAAACUCGACGGCGAAGGUCCAGUGUUGCCGCAAGCGAAGGCGGUGGCCGCAACAGCACCGCGCUGGGACGACGACGAUGCCGGAACGGCGCCACGGCAAUCGACGACGACCGCGGACGGAUGGGAGCGACGAUCCGCGGCGGCGCCCGUGUACGCGCACGGGGAGCGGAGUUUCAUCGAGGCUUUCCUCGACGGGGGCCACUCGCCUGCCACGGCCGUCGCGGCCGGGAUGGACCCGGCGGCGAGCGCGCGGGGGGUCGCGGCUCACGUGACGGCGAGGGCGGUGACGGUUACGUUUGUCGGCGCGGCGGUGGUGCUGGGGCCCGUGGUGGGCAGGGUGACGCAGCGGUCCGCGGUGGUUCUCGUGGAGGUCGGGAGCACGGCCGCGGUGGGGUGCGUGCUGACCGACGGGGCGACGGGGUGGCAGCACAAACAGGUGCGCCUCCUCUACCCAAGGCAACCGCAUGCGUUCUUCUUCGACACGCUGGACGAGAGCCGGCACUACACCAUAUUUCUCGAAGGGGUAGACAACGGCGACGCACGCACGGGGGCUUUCACAACGCUCAAGGCAUGGCCGGACCGUCGGGAGCCCCCCGCCCUCCGAGCUGCCGCACGCCUUUCCGGCAGCGGUGGCGGCGACGACGACGACUACGAGCAAUCUCAAUCAUGCGACGUGCGCCUCCUCUUCGUCAGCGGGACGGGGCUCGCUAACGCCGGACGGGGGGAACUCCGAGACGAGAGCCACGGUGGUGCUAGCACCGCCACCGCCGGCGAGGCGACGGCGGCGGACAUGUGGGGCGUGUUGGGGCGGGAGCUGUGGAGGCCGUGGCCGCAGGCGGAUGUCGUCGUGCACACGGGCUCGCAGGUGGACCUUGAGGUCGCCGUGAUGGAGGCGUUGCCUAUCCUGUCUGCCGCGGAAGUGGAGGAAGAGGGUUCCGAGGAACGCGAGCAAGCCGAAGAGAUGGCCAUGGAGCGGAUCCGCGACGCCUACCGGUUCCAGUGGAGCCUCCCCGGCGCGAGGGCAUGUCUCUCUUGCGGCAGUCACCUCAUGGUGAGGGGCGAGGCAGACCUAGCGCUUCCUCAGCUCGACGGCUCUUCACGCCGAUCCUCGUCCUCGACUACCUCUAGCGCGGCCGGAGGCGUUGGGGAAAGCGCUGGCCGCGGCCGUCGGGGCGGCGGUGGAGGCGGCGGCGAGACUCUGGCGGUAGGAAAGGGAGGGGGCCAAGGGGGUGGGCUCCUUGGUCUGCAAGUGAGCGCAUACGCGCGGAUUACGCUCGCUCGCCUGGCUUCACAGGCGUUCGACGACUACCAGCGGCAGCUGUGGGAUCCCCUGUCCGUGCCCAUCGGUCUCGACAUGAACGACGUGGGCUAUGCUCGCGGGGGGCCAGGUAUCGACAGCGUAAGGUUGGGUGACGGGUUCUUCCGAAAUGCCACGAGUGUCGGGGGCGAAGGAGAGUGGCACUUUCACGUGUACGGGGAAACGGUCGGUAUUUUCGCGCUGGACGUUCGCCAGGGAAGCGCGGGGCUGCAGUGGUCGUCUCUGGCGCGAGCCCUUAGCAUCGAGGAGAUCCAGGCCAUGGUCGUCGUGGGCGAUGCACCGUUCGUGUCGGACUCUAUUCUUGAUGCUCGGGCCAAGGCUCGACACCCGUCGCAGGCUACCCUGAUCGGGGGAGGUGUACAAUACCCGCUGGAAACCGUCAUCAACGAUUCUGCGUCGUCUAUUGCUAUCACGCAGACGGUCUGCGGGCCGUUCUACGGCAUGCCGUCCCUCCAUGGAAGGGUGUUCGAGCCCGCGGGCGCGCUGAGUCAUCGGUUUUCCUACCACCACACGAUCAACGACCCCCGCGACGAAGGAGGACGGGGGCAGCAGCAGGAACAGCCUGACGGCGUUCUCCCGGCGUCAGCUGGGUCGGACUUCAAAGUCAUGCCCCCGCCGCGGCCGCUCAGCUCUACAUCAGACCGGCACGACGAAAACGGCAGCAUCGAAAACGGUGCCCUUGUCCCCGAAAUCGACAGUCAGUAUCGAUCCCCCUCGUGCGUCCUGGUGCGGUGCGAGGCCAGGGGGGCGGGACCUAGCGCCCGCCUCUUGCUGCGGAACCGCUUCUUCACAGCCUCCUCGUGGGCGGCCUGGUGCAGCGAUGGAGAUGCCGGCGCAGCAGCGAAAUCAGCUAUACCGGCAUCGCCACUACCCCUCUCCACCGAGACGAAUGCGCCUCCGCCAUCAGAGCCACCAGCAGACACAGGACGGCCAAGAGCGGCCCCGCGGUGGGCCGCCACGGCGUGGCAAGAACAGGCCGAGACCACCUCCAAAAAACAAGCUGGAGGAGGGGGAAGAGGAGCAACGGAAGCAGCGGAUACCCUAGCAACGCUUUGCGCGGACGAGAGUCUUGCUGACGUUCUCCUUGAAGCCUUCGACCGAGUGUUAGACAUAAACGAAGGCGAGGAUGAGGAUGAAGCAUUGGCGGCCGCGCGGGCUGGGACCGGAGACGCAACUCGGAGGGUGUUCGAGAGUCUGGACUGGGUGUACAACAACGUGAGACGCUUUGGAUUGGCUGCCUGCGCCAGGGUCCGUGCGCUGUACCCCACACGCCCGUCCCCCAUUGUGGUUCGUCACCUUCUGAAGCCGGCGCAGCAGAAAGGCAGCGGGUCCAGCAACAACGCGGACGAAAUCAAGGUGCCGCCACGACCAACAAAGGCCAGGGAAUCAGGCGAAACGACCAUCGCGAAGGGUCGGCAGGACAGGAGCGGUCAAAGGGGAGGCGGGGAGGGGAAAAGGACGAAGCGGUCGAAGACCAGAGAUGAGGGCGCGAAAGAAGGAGAAGCAAGGUCGUUGCUUCCGUCGUGGCUGUUCGUGCACUUACCGUUUCACGACGAAGAGAGCUUUGCCGAGUUUUUCUGCGAGGUUUUGAGGGGCUCAGAGCGUCUGGCGGCCGGGUUUGCCUAG